CCGGCCUCAUCCCGAGUAGGCUCGUCCAGCCUCCUUCUUCCUCCUCCCCUCCCCCCGCCCUCUCCGGAAGGAAAGAGGCGGGGCUAAGGGGCAAUUAAGCACCGGCUUCUGCGCGGGUCGCCUGGUGCGAGUAGAGCGCGCGCGCGCUGCUGCCUCUCAGUCCCCCUCCUGCUGCCAUGCCGCCCCCGGGCCAGGUCCGGCUGCCGGACUGGGAUGCGCUGCGGCUCCGCGUCCGGACUCUGAUCGGCUCCCACCGGGUCGCGAUCUUCAGCAAGAGCUACUGCCCCUACUGCAACAAGGUGAAAGAACUUUUUCAUUCUAUGGGAGUAGACUACUAUGCUUUGGAACUUGAUUUAACUGAUGAUGGACCCAAUAUUCAGCAAGUAUUAGUAGAAGUGACUAGCCAGAGGACUGUGCCCAAUGUGUUUGUGAAUGGAGCACACAUAGGUGGAUAUGAUAAAACUUUUCAGGCUUACCAAAGUGGCUCACUGCAGAAAGUGCUAGGGAAUUGCAUAGAUGAUGCAGAAGUUUAUGAUUUCGAUCUUAUUGUUGUUGGUGGUGGCUCUGGCGGACUUGCAUGUUCCAAGGAAGCUGCUGCCUUAGGAAAAAAGGUCAUGGUGCUGGACUAUGUUGUACCAACACCUUCGGGUACUUCAUGGGGACUUGGUGGCACUUGUGUAAAUGUAGGUUGUAUUCCUAAGAAACUGAUGCAUCAAGCUGCGCUUCUGGGACAGGCACUUCAAGAUUCAAGGAAAUUUGGCUGGGAGUAUGAUGAGCAAGUUAAACACAACUGGGAGACCAUGGUAGAAGCAAUUCAGAACUACAUUGGCUCUUUAAAUUGGGGUUACAGGGUGUCUUUGAGAGAGAAGACUGUGACAUAUGUCAAUGCCUAUGCAGAAUUUAUCGAACCACACAAAAUAAAGGCAACCAACAGGAAAGGACAGGAAACCUUUCACACAGCACAGACAUUUGUCCUAGCAACAGGGGAAAGGCCCCGAUAUUUGGGUAUCCCUGGAGAUAAGGAAUACUGCAUUACUAGCGAUGAUCUCUUCUCCCUGCCUUACUGCCCUGGCAAAACUCUAAUUGUGGGUGCCUCCUAUGUGGCUCUGGAGUGUGCAGGAUUUCUUGCAGGCAUUGGUUUGGAUGUCACAGUUAUGGUGCGCUCCAUCCUUCUUCGAGGCUUUGACCAAGAAAUGGCAGAGAGAGCAGGUGCCUACAUGGAAACUCAUGGUGUUCAAUUCAUCAGGAAAUUUGUACCUACUCAGAUUGAAAGGUUGGAGGAAGGCAUGCCUGGAAGACUAAAAGUGGUAGCACAGUCUACUGAGGGACCAGAAAUGGUUGAAGGAGAAUAUAAUACUGUUUUGAUAGCUAUUGGUCGUGAUGCCUGUACCAGAAACAUUGGUUUAGAUAAGAUUGGUGUCAAAAUCAAUGAAAAGAAUGGAAAAAUACCUGUAACUGACGAGGAACAAACCAAUGUGCCUCAUGUUUAUGCUAUUGGAGAUAUCUUGGAUGGAAAACUUGAACUUACCCCAGUUGCAAUUCAGGCAGGCAGGCUUCUAGCUCGCAGGCUUUUUGGGGGUAGCUUUAUAAAGUGUGACUAUGUCAAUGUACCAACUACAGUGUUUACUCCUUUGGAGUAUGGAUGUUGUGGAUUACCUGAAGAGAGAGCCAUUGAAGAAUAUGGAAAGGAAAACAUAGAGGUGUAUCACACUUUGUUUUGGCCUCUUGAAUGGACCGUACCCAGCAGAGACAACAAUACUUGCUAUGCAAAGAUAAUCUGCAAUAAGCAUGACAAUAACCGUGUGAUAGGAUUUCAUGUUCUUGGACCCAAUGCUGGAGAAAUUACCCAAGGUUUUGGUGCAGCAAUAAAAUGUGGUCUCACGAAAGAAUUACUUGAUGAAACAAUAGGUAUACAUCCAACAUGUGCAGAGGUGUUCACUACAAUGGAAAUUACAAAAUCUUCCGGAAAAGAUAUCACUCAGGCAGGCUGCUGAGGUUAAACCCUGCUGUUUUUAUCUGUUUCUUGUCAUGUACUCUUAUCUCUUUGGAAGGCUUAAGAAGUGUGAAAUACACUUGAGUAAAAUAAAUGAAAGCAGCAGUAGCAUCAAAUCUAUUACAACUAGAAACGAUGCAUUUCUUAAGCUUCCUCAGUAGAUAAUGUUGGCAAUGGAAAGAAUACAACAGCAGGGGAAAUGCUAACUAUAAAUCCUGACUUGCUUGGAAGUGGCACGUAAGUGCUUUUUUGAAGUUUUGGCUCAGAACCCCAUUCUGAGGUGAGCUACAACUGAUGACUUAUCUUGCAAACUUAGGAAACCUCUUUGUCCGGUCAGAAAACUGAGCUUCCUUCUGAAGGAGCUUUUGAGUUGCAUAAAUAUUUUAAAGUUAACUCAUUAGGUUCCUGUGUGUGUGUGUUUUGGACAUAAGGAUUAAUGUCUAAUUGUAUUACUCUUGCCAGCAGCUCAUUUUACAAUUCAUGUUGGGUCACUUGUGUGUUUGCAGUGACUAACAUGGAUUUUAAUGCUGUUCUUGACUUAAUUUCAAAAAAUGGUCAUAAAUCAAAUACAGAUGCUAGGCAGUGCAGCUAAUGCACUUGCAUUUAACCUCUAAAGACCUGGCUCAAGUACCAAAUAAGUUACAGGUGAGAGAAUUUGUGAUCUUGUCUUACUUAAUAGUUGCUUUGCCACCAUAACUAGUAAUAUCUUCCUGAGUCACAGGAUUUUAAUAGUAGAAAUCUUGUGGGUCAGAGCUGAAGUACAUUGAAAAAGCUCCUAAAACUUGUUGAUAUUUGUCCUUGCAAUCCAUGAGCCUAAUCAGUGCUGACAGUGUCCAGUUUCGUUUCCACACCGUGUAAAAUACAUCAUCAUGUAAAAGUAAUCUAAUCUACAGUUCUGGACUAUCUAAUAAAACUGGAGUCUAUAUUACCAUCUUCUCUCCCCAUGUUAUCUGUUCCGUUAAUACAGUAGCUAGAGAAAUGGCUACACCACUAGGCACUAGAAUCCACUUUAUGGACUUUAAUGAACAACUUACUACUAUUUUAAAUUGUAUGUUGCAGCAGUGAACAGUGACUUGUGCCCUGUGUAGUUCCUGUAUAGUCAGCAGCUCGAAACUGUUCUUCCGUGUUCUCAUGUUAUUUUGGGGAAGGCGUCCUUGAAUUUGGUGCUUCAGUUUUGUCCAAAGAGAUGUUUUGAAAGACUAUUUUGAACACUGUCUUAUAUAGUUUUUAACUAUUCAAUCUAUGGUGUAUCAUGACAUUUAAAGUUCAAUAAAUGAACAAUUGCA